AUGGAAAUUGUUUAGAAAAUUAACCUGAAAAUACUUAUUGUAAUGAAAAACGUAUCUGCAAUAAUUGCACUGAGAGCAAAUGUAAAUUUUGUUAUGAAAACAAAUCUGAUUGUAUUUCUUGUCUAAGCAAUUAUUACCAAUAUGAGAAAAGCUGCUUUGAAAAUAAAUAACCAAAUAGUUAUUGUGAUAAUCAGAAAAUUUGUUAGAAAUGUUAAAACAUUACAUGCGAAAAUUGUUUAAAAGAUUUAUAAACAUGCUCUUAAUGUCCUAAAGGAUAUUUCAUCUUAGAAGGACAGUGUUAUUAAUCCUAACCAAGCCAAACGUUUUGCAAUACUUAAAAUGAAUGCUAAAAAUGUAGCAAAAAUAUGA